ACUGGAACCACAGUAGCCAGACUUGAACGUGAAGACAAGAAGCGGCAACCGGAAAAGGCUGCCGGGCCGCGAGAAAGCAAGCCAGGCCUCAAAGAGGAAGAGGAAGGCCGGACUCAGCCGAGCUGUCACGACCGGAGGGGGGACUCGCAGCCUUUCCAGGCACUUAAAUAUUCAUCGAAGAGUCACCCCAGUAGUGGUGAUCACAGACAUGAAAAGAUGCGAGACGCCGCAGAUCCUUCACCACCAAAUAAAAUGUUGCGAAGAUCUGAUAGUCCUGAAAACAAAUACAGUGACAGCACAGGUCACAAUAAGGCCAAAAAUGUGCAUACUCACAGAGUUAGAGAGAGGGAAGGUGGGACCAGUUACUCUCCACAAGAAAAUUCACACAACCACAGUGCUCUUCAUAGUUCAAAUUCACAUUCUUCUAAUCCAAGCAAUAAUCCAAGCAAAACUUCAGAUGCACCUUAUGAUUCUGCAGAUGACUGGUCUGAGCAUAUUAGCUCUUCUGGGAAAAAAUAUUACUACAAUUGCCGAACAGAAGUUUCACAGUGGGAAAAACCAAAAGAGUGGCUUGAAAGAGAACAGAGACAAAAAGAAGCAAAUAAGGUGGCAGUUAAUAGCUUUCCGAAAGAUAGGGAUUACAGAAGAGAGGUGAUGCAAGCAACAGCCACUAGUGGGUUUGCCGGUGGAAUGGAAGACAAGCAUUCCAGUGAUGCCAGUAGUUUGCUCCCACAGAACAUUUUGUCUCAAACAAGCAGACACAAUGACAGAGACUACAGACUGCCAAGAGCAGAGACUCACAGUAGUUCUACGCCAGUACAGCACCCCAUCAAACCAGUGGUUCAUCCAACUGCUACCCCAAGCACUGUUCCUUAUCCAUUUACGCUACAGUCUGAUCACCAGCCAAAGAAAUCAUUUGAUGCCAAUGGAGCAUCUACUUUAUCAAAACUGCCUACACCCACAUCUUCUGUCCCUGCACAGAAAACAGAAAGAAAAGAAUCUACAGCAGGAGACAAAUCAGUAUCACAUUCUUGCACAACUCCUUCUACAUCUUCUGCCUCUGGACUGAACCCCACAUCUGCACCUCCAACAUCUGCUUCUGCAAUUCCCGUUUCUCCUGUUCCCCAGUCACCGAUACCUCCAUUACUUCAGGACCCAAAUCUUCUUAGACAGUUGCUUCCUGCUUUGCAAGCCACUCUGCAGCUCAAUAAUUCUAACAUGGACAUAUCCAAAAUAAAUGAAGUUCUUACAGCAGCUGUGACACAAGCUUCACUGCAGUCUAUAAUUCAUAAGUUUCUUACUGCUGGACCAUCUGCUUUCAACAUAACAUCUCUGAUUUCUCAAGCUGCUCAGCUCUCUACACAAGCCCAGCCAUCUAAUCAGUCUCCCAUGUCUUUAACAUCUGAUGCCUCAUCCCCAAGAUCUUACGUGUCUCCAAGGAUAAGCACACCUCAGACUAACACCGUUCCUAUUAAACCAUUGAUUAGUACUCCUCCUGUUUCAUCACAGCCAAAGGUUAGUACUCCAGUAGUUAAGCAAGGACCAGUGUCACAAUCGGCCACACAGCAGCAGCCUGUCACUGCUGACAAACAGCAGGGUCAUGAACCUGUCUCUCCUCGAAGUCUUCAGCGCUCGAGUAGCCAGAGAAGUCCAUCACCUGGUCCAAAUCACACUUCAAGUAGUAAUGCAUCAAAUGCAACAGUUGUACCACAAAACUCAUCUGCUCCAUCAAGAUUGCGUGAAGAAGCCCAUAACAUGGGCAGUGUUCACAUGUCAGAAAUAUGUACUGAAUUAAAAAAUUUACGAUCUUUAGUCCGAGUAUGUGAAAUUCAAGCAACUUUGCGAGAGCAAAGGUAAGUUUUAAGUUCUGUAGCAUUAAUGUGCUUUCUUUGUCCUGUUUAGAGUGUUACACUUUCCAAAAGCCCAUUAGAUCCUUAAAGCCAUAGAUAGUAGUAACAGACUUCAUAGUUGAAUGCAUUUUCCAUCUGAACUAAGCAUGUAUAUGUAACAUUACUAUAUA